AUGGACGUGACCGCCAUAUACGCGACGAACCCCGGCUUUCGGCGGUAUUAUAAUAAGAAAAGCGCCUCCCAAAAUCGCCCCCAACUGCCGCGGCUGCAGCACUGGGACGCGAAGCAGUUCAAGGAGCUGAGUCAAGCCGCCCAACUGUGGAGGUAUCCUUUCAACCGCCCGACUCCGCGAGAAGACCCGGGCCAGAACGGGGCCCAAGAAGUGGCGGUAGACGAGGGCUUCUCGUCAAAUUCCGCCAACUCCUCCCAGUCGUCGAAUGAUUACGCGCCCGCUAAACGGGACACAAGCGUUACCCGCGGCGUAUUGGGCCAGCAGAAGAGUGUGGAUGAGGGUGCCAUCAGGGUGCACCCAGACUACACGGCUGCCAGCCUGAGCCGAAAGGCCAAGGUUCCGGUUGGAGCAAUGUUUGACGAGCGGCGCUUCUCCACCCUGGAACCCCGCGAGCGUGUUUUCCGCAAAAACGGACCCCCACCCCAGAUCCACGACGGCUACAGCACAAUGCCUUCAGAUGCCGUACGGCCUCGAAUCCCGUCGUGCUCCUCGUCGACAGCGGAGACGAUGAGCCGGGUGAUGGCCUCGGUCAAUCCCCUGCCGACCGGCCAUGAACCGUCGAAAAAACCGCGAAGCGAUCAGAUCUUCGACGCCCUCUCACAGGGAUUCCGCUCCUACAUCAAUUUCUAUGCCAACGAACGAGACCGCCUUCGAGCCGACCUCGAGGCUUCAAGCGACCCGAUGAUGGCAACCAGAAUUGAGCAGGAUCUGAUGGUGGUGGAGGAAAAUAUCCAACUCUACGAAGGGCACCUCCAUCGUCUCACCCGGCUUCAGGACCGCUAUCGCCAGGGUCAUUUUGCUUCGAUGAAAGCAAAAUCGUCGUCCCUUUCGGACCUUCGCGCCGCUCUUUCCGGCCGUUCAUCGUCGGCCUCAGCCCCGACUGUGGCCAUUCACGGCGAGCUGGCCGCCAUGAUGGGUAGAGUCUCGGUUGAAUUAAAAACGAUUGCCGGUUUUGCUCGUGUGGUGCCGGGUGAUGUCUUUGAGGUCAACAUUCGGCAUGGCGCAACAAAGUGGAAGGCUCGCGGCAAGACCCUGGCCGAUCGAAGCCAAAAAUGGGACCGCGAAGUGAUGUCUUUCGAGUGUCAACCCUCGAGUACCGUCGAUGUCAAGGUAUGCGAAGUGCGCGUGUUCAAGACGAAAGUGCUGGCCGAGCGAUCGUUUGACCCGUGCGAGCUGUUCUCCUCGGCCCCCCAAAUGGUGACCAUCUCCCUGAACACACUCGGCACAAUCAAGCUGCAAAUGAUCGUCACCUGGAUUCCCCUGCUCGCCUCAAAAAACACGCUACAACCGGCAAUCAGUAGGACCGGCACCAUCGCUGCCAAUGGAGAUCAGGCUGAUGAAACGAAAAAGCCACGCGUCAUUUUGAGAGAAAAGAAGCGCGGAGGGGCAGCCCGGGUGGCGGCGAGGGAACAGUGGAGAUCGUCCACAAACCUACUCGACUCGAUAUACCAUGAUCUGUCGAAGAAUAUUCCCACCAUCGAGGCGAUGUCCACCCCUGGUCAUCGAAUGUCGAUGCUUGUCGUCUCAUCCUCAUCUCCGGACGUCUCCACACCAUUUGUUGCAUCUACUUCCAAGACGAAUUUGGCAGCCCCAGCCCAAGAUAGCCCAGAUUCGCUACGGGGACGAGCGUGCGCCGGUGGCUCGGCUGGGAUUUCGUCGUGCUCUUCGGCUACCUCCUCCUCGGACGUCGUCUCCAUCUCCUCCGUGGGCUCAGUGCUUGUUGACCUUCUUGAUGAGUGUCUCCCGCUUGCUGCCUCAUUAUCACAUGAACGGCAUCGAGAACUACACACAACACAUCAGAUUCUGGCACACUGGAGCCGAUUGCUCAGGCAUUCGUCGUCGAGCGGUGGCGCUUCGCUGCGUCGAUCAACAUUUGCGCGUGGAGAUGAGAUCGAUGAUAACGUAUUGUUAGCAGAGCACGGUUCCGAAAAUGACUCUGGCGUCGAUUCGCUGCGUCAGCAGAUUUCCCCCUAUACCAGACGUGGGCCCGACGAUAGUACUGGACGGGCAAAUGGCAACAGAUUUGGCCAGAUGCGAGACCGCAGAAAGUCGCUGGGAGCCAUGCUGGAUGCGAGCGAGCUGGAACGGAUGUGCCUCGAUUCGGAUCGAUUCUGGCAGGACGAGCACCACCCGGUCAAGCAUGAAACGGCCACCGGACAUCAUGAGGUUGAUGCCUGUCUUGUGCACCAUUUGACAAGGAUAAGGAAUUCGUUGAAGGGCCUUUCGACCCUCUCCGGACCACUCCUCUUCAAAGGCACCGAAUUAUUACGCAAAAUCGAAGCGGAUACGGUGGCUCUGGAUGACCUGUUGCGACUGACGCCAUCCCUACCUGCCCUCCCCAACAUCACCAACGUGCUGUGUGAAUUAGGCGCCGAGGGGGUGAUCCAGGAGGCGUGGCUGUCGGCGUGCUACCCGCUUCAUGCUUCGCUGGUCGUACCUUUUGAGGAAUUGCGGAGUCAGCUUCGCGCCCACGUCUCGCCAAUCGUCGAGCCAGCAUACCCGCAUCUGGUGGCACGAGUGACGGAAUGUCUCGGAAGAUUGUUGAUCGACGGGCCUUCAGCCUCAGCCCAACCCGCUCAAAUCACUGUCUUCCACUUUGUUGCCGUAUUCCGGAAUAAGAAUUUCUCCGCUUACGUCGAGAGCCUCGCGCAUGAUGCAUGGAUGAUCUCUCUGCUGAGCACGCGGCAGCUCCGUAAUGUCAAGACGGUAUUCGAGCGUUUGGUCCAGGUGCCAAUCGCGCCUCCAAUCGAUACCCUGCGCCAUAUCGCUUUACUGCUCCACCACAACGACUCCAUUUUGCUGCCGACGAUCGAGCGGUACCUGUGCAGCUCGGUUGGUCGGCUACAUUCUGAUCUGCUCAGCUCUUUCCUGUGUCUCCUCGAGGCUGACGAUAUCCCAACGCGGAUAGGGGCCAUUCGAGCACUUCGAAUGCUGAAGAGUGCCCGAAUUGCUGCCCAACUCUGGUGGGUCGCCGAGAGAGACCGGAAUGCAGAUGUGCGACAGGAGGCCCUGAACCUGUUGGAAGAUCUCGGUGAAGUCGAUGGGAAAGAAGGGGAUGAGCAGGUCACCCGUAUC